GGCCUGGUGCGCCAGAACCGAAACGAAGAAGUCGGAAAGGAUGCUGUGGAUGAAUGCAAAGGCCAGGGAACAUUGCUUACUUAUGGUAAUAAUAGCGGCGAAGAGAAGCCAGCAUGUGUCAAUUGCCAGCGACAAGGCGAGCUAUGCGACUAUAGUGUACGCCUCAAUUGGGGCGGGCGAGCAAAACGACCUUCGGCCGAUUCUCCUAGUUCCCAAUCCAGUGGGUAUGCCGGGACGGUCAUUUCGUUUGCAGAUCCUCCUCCUAAGAGGGCCGCCACUUCGAUCCCUCAAGCCCCGAGUAUGAUGGCGGCGGAUGGCUUUGUUAACACCCACGCCGGUGAAAUGGCAUCUCCAAGUGCCAUAUCGCCAAGUACACCAGCCCAUCUAAGUGUUUUUGACUCACCAAAGCCUCCCACAGGGUCGAAUGAGAUCAACUCACCGGCUCCUAUUGAUUCCAACUUUGCAACUAGCUGGUCGGAUCAUUCUCCACUGACACCUCCAGUCGCGUCAAGCUCUUUGACUCACUAUCCAUUUGGUCCGAAUUUCCACAGCGCGUUCUCGGCAGCAGCAGACCAAGGCGUUGGACUCAGGUCUCUUUCUGCUUUUGCCUUUCCUUCAAACUCUGUCUCUCAGCCUGUCUCUUUCCUUCGACAUUCGCUAGAUGCAUCCAAUGUAUCAGAGGAAAACGGCCACUCCUCCGCAGAGCAGGUACCAGACGAUCAUAGAUCUGAAUAUUCAAUCCAUAAUAUGUUGCCUCACGAGAAUGGGUCAUCAGAUCUCUCGAGGGCCGGAGGUAUAGCAGCAUUGAUGCUAGGCGCACAAGAGUCAAUGCAGGGAGACCAUCAUUUCUCGUUGUCGCAUCCGAAGGAGCUGGCGUCCGUUAACAAUGCAGAUGCACGGUGUCUCGACGUCAAUGAGAAGGAAGAGCACGCUGUGAAAGACUCGUUACUGGCCCAAAGUAAAUGGCAAGCAUAUCUCACUAGUGUGACCGAUAACUAUGGGCUCGACGGCGGGCGGCCUGACCGAGAUCUCGCUCUGAACAACGACCAUGCAGCCAUCGAUAUCAAUUCAGCUUUGGAGACCCCUCAAUCGACCUCCCCCUCAACCCAACACGCGGCGUCCAGCGCGCUGAAGCCCGGAUCCCAUGGGUACUACGAAUCACCUGUCCCCGUAAACAUUCCACGAUAUCUCUCUCCCCUCCCGUCGACAUUGCUGGAAAAUCCGAUCAAUCUCAUGUACUUCCAUCACUUCUUGAACCACACCUCGCGGAUGUUGGUGCCGCACGAUUGUGACAAGAACCCCUUCAUCUCGGUGUUGCCAGCAAUGGCCAUUGGUGAUCCUAAUUUGCUCAACCUGAUGUUAGCCUAUUCGGCGAGUCAUCGGGCGCGGUAUUUAGGACACGCGGAGCCGGCCAAUCGUAUCGCACACUGGGUCAGGGACGUCUUCCCAACCUUGCGUGUUGCACUCGAAUCCUCGCAUGAGGAGAUUACCGAUAGCCACUUAGCCACUGCGAUCCUUCUCUUGUCUUUGAAAAUUGUAUCACCGGGGACAUUUGAAGUGCCUAUCACGUGGCAGACCCACCUGAAGCUUGCCCGGGACCUUUUCCUUGCCCGGAGUGAAAGGAUCUCCCGAUUCGGGAACCGUAUAGGAGCAUUUUUUGCUCGCUGGCUCGGGUACAUUGAUACUGUGGGGGCAUUGUCUUGCCGCCAGGCGGGCCACCCUUUGAUGAUCUACCGUUCAGUCCUGGCAGCAUGUAUUGGCUCGGACAAUUACAAUGAAUUCAGCGUUGAUUGCUUUUCCGGGUUCACCCUCGGACCGGGCUCUUUCUCAUCCGCCUGGCACCGCUUCGAUGAGCUGGGGAACCUUCGCCGAGACUGGCAUCCGUCUGCGGAUAUAAUCUUGGAGGCCCAAUCGAUCCUUGGUGACUUGGAGGGCCUGCGGGAGCGCGCGCACGUGGAUCCCGAGCACCAUGUGGGCGUGGAAGGGGAAGAUAUGCUUGCCACGGAGGAAGCAUUCCGUUGUGCGGGACUACUUCACCUCCAUCGCCGGGUCUUAGGGUCUUCAUCCGACUCGUACCCAGUCAAAGAGGCCCUCAAGCAAUUGGCCAAUGCGUUAGGGCGCAUGACACUGAGCGCAUCCCUCUGUUGUCUUCUGCCCUUGUUUACGCUGGCUGUUGAAGCAUCUCCCGACCAAAGACCGGUGCUUCUGGACCGGUUUUCCGAACUAGAAAAGUGUGGAAUGAAGCAGGUAAUCCUCCCUCAAGCCUCAUGGAUCCCUUUGCACCCCUAG